ACUGGCAUCGCGAGAGUCGCCAGGAGUCACCCACGGUGACCCUUAGUUCGUCGACGACGAGCGUACGCGUUGGUUUCUCAGCUGUGCCAAUUUGUUGACAGAUCCUUGACAACAUCUUCGCGCGAACGUUCAACCGGAUAUCCGAGACCCGAGACUUCUCCGAUCGAAGAUUCCGCACCGAUUAUUCCGCUUCAUCAUCGCAGUAGAUUCAAUUAAGAUCUCUUACCGUUUCUCUGCAUAUUAUUUUUACGUACUGUUUCAUCAUUGCCGUCGAGUUAUCGCAUUUAAGCAAAAAAAAAAACGGAGUAACUUCGAAGUGCGGCGAAGCUGCCAAUCCGUACCGCGCGCGAUCGCGACAACGGAGGAGAAUUCAACGGGAAUAACAAGUGAAGUAGAAAUUUGACAAGUGGUAACGAACAACACGUUUGACGUUUCUUCUGUGGCGAGCGAGUGCAACGCAAUCCAUUGCAAAAAAAAAAAAAAAAAAACGUCGAAGAGCGAAAAAUAUUAAUUCGGCGAAAAUGAUGAUCGUUCGAUCCGAUGGUAGAUUCGAGUCGCUUUCGGAGAACGUGAAGAUACACGUCGCAAAAGCGUGACCCGCGAAGAAAAAAAAAAAAAAGAAAACACCGCGCGGCGCAUCAAUAAGACGCAAUGCACCGCAAAUUUCUCACCUUCAUCGAAGUCGUCGAAUUCCGACAUACUUGUGGCGAUAUAGAUUCCUCGUUUAAAUUGCGCGUUGACAGUUACGAUCCGAACGAUCGUUUGCUUCGGGAAUUUCACGGUACCAGCGGGCAAAACAAGUUGCAACACGAGGUCACCAAGCCGCUAAGGACACUCGCGGACGACGAGGAGCGUUGGUCGUCGUAGUUGCGCGCGCGCACCCGAUCUUCAUUCCUCCUAACAGCAGAAAUCGCAAAGCGCGCAAUCACCGAGCAUCAACGAUCCAUAUCACGCCCGUUCGCUAGGAUCGAUCGAUCGAGAGAGAAAGAAAGAGAGAGCGAGAAAUCACCGUUACCCAAGAUUCUCGACUGUCGUCGAUCGUGCGAUCGGAUUAAUAUCGUGUAUAUAUAUCUACACAUUCUAGAUUUCGAUCGCCACUCGGAUCGGCGCGCACGCGCGCGCGAAACUUUCGAUUGCGCUGUAACUCGUCAGUGAUUUUCUGAACCGCUUGUGUUUCUCUCUCAAGUGCUCUCAGGAUAAGAAAUAUGUGGAAAUAUUUCUAGAACAUUUGUUCAUUCUGUGUGCAAGUAGUGACACACACGUGUCUCGCCGCGGUGAAGGAAUCGCAGCGACUGUCGAGAAGAAGCAGGUCGGAGAACUUUUCUUCGGAUAAAAACAAGCGAAAGAAAGUGCGAGAAAGAAGGACGUUUCCGAGAUCGCCGAAAAGAUAGACGGCGAACGAUCUCGUUGGCAAUUGCAGAGUGUGUAAAAGAAAAAAAAACAACAAACCAAAAAAAAACGAUAAAGAGAAAAACGUUUUAUAAUUAUUAAACAGGACUUUAGCUUGUUUUUUGUUUUUUUUUUUUUUUAGAGCAUCAAAAUGUCAGUCAGUCCCAUUUCCAUUCUGUUGAUCUUUGCGACGGUCCUCGGCGAUCUUGCCAGUAUCGGCAGCGCCGAGAGAAUGAGCGGCCUUUACGUGGACAACGGGUUUGAUCAGACCGUGGUCCACCGUGUGGUCACUCAUCGUGAGAAACGCGAGGUGGAGCACGAGAUUCUGAAUCUGCUUGGGCUUCCGGAUCGUCCGCGGAACACCAUCGGCAAAACACCUCAGGUCAAGAGAUCAGCGCCCAAGUUUCUAUUGGACAUUUACAAGAACGCCCUCGGCGAGGACGAAGAGGAGAUACCAGUUGUGCGUUCGCGCAAGAGCAAUUGUUCCGAGUUCAACCUCAGCGGGCAGGAUCUAAAGGCGAUCGAUCAGAGCGACGUUAUCAUGAGCUUUGCGGCGCACAAUCAUCACGUCCCCGGGGUGAGGCAUGAACGUGGGAAGAGGCUUUGGUUCGACGUAUCCGAAGUACCACCUGAAGAACAGAUAAUUGGCGCCGAGCUUAGGCUUUACCGCAGCCUGAAUGACGUGAAGAAUAAGAGAAGUCAUGGAUCCUAUACGAUCACGAUAUAUCAAGUGUUGAAGAUCGAGAACGGAACUCGGGAAUUGCAAUACAUCGAUGCCGUGAAUACUACGACCAGCAAGGAGGGUUGGCUAACUUUAAAUGUCAGCGAGGCUCUCGAUCAUUGGAUAAAGUUUCCUGAUGAAAAUCGAGGACUAUAUCUCUCCGUGCAUCCCGCCGAUCGCUUGGUGCACGAAAUGAGACCAGAAGAUGUUGGAAUUGUGGGAUUUCGAGGUGAUCCCGAUAAGCAACCUUUCAUGGUGAGCUAUUUCAAGACCUCGGGCGUAAGGGAGUCCAAAAUCCGACAAAAACGCGAUGCCAGAAGGAAGAAAAAGAGCGAAUCCACCGCAAAUUGGGAUCACAAGAGUAAUCCUUAUACCUUACUCGAAAAUAGUAACGUGCAAUAUCACUCACGAACUUGCAAGAUUCAAACGUUAUAUGUCAGCUUUCGCGACUUGCAGUGGCAGGACUGGAUUAUUGCACCGGAUGGAUACGACGCGUAUUACUGCAGCGGAGAGUGUAAUUUCCCACUGAACGCUCACAUGAACGCAACCAACCAUGCGAUAGUCCAAACGCUAGUGCACUUAGUAAGUCCGGGUAAAGUGCCCAAGCCUUGCUGUGCUCCCACCAAACUUUCUGCCAUUUCCGUGCUGUACUUCCUAGAUGAGAGCAACGUUAUCCUUAAAAAAUACAAAAACAUGGUUGUCAAGAGCUGCGGUUGUCAUUAAAGUAACUCCGUCAAAUAAUUAAUUAAUCCUACUCUUUGGAAUAGAAAUCUUCUUGAAUUUAAAUUUGAGAAGAAACCAUAUAGAAACAUAUUUUACACACAUGACUGUCAAAAAAACUGAUAAAUGUUACUGAAUAUUGUACAUUGUUUUUGACAAAAGUUUUAAAAAAUUUUAUUUUCCUACAAAUAGUCUAGCUUAUUAUUGUUUAACCCACAACUACUAUUAGAUAUGUAUGUUACAGUAAAAGCAUGAAAUCAAUAAUUUUAUAGAAUAACUAGAGUAAAAUUGUGUAUGCAUUUUACUAAUUGAUCGUGUUCAGCGGAAUUCAGCGUUUUGUGUUUAUUGUCUGUGAAUGGCCUAUUGCUUUAGAUAUAUUGUAAAUGUGAAA